AUGAAGUACGUGAAACUGCACAAGUCCCGGCUCCGGCAAGAAGGAUCCAUGAAGUUGGAGGAAGACAACGGAGCGUUUUUUCAGGAAGAUCAUUCGCCGGAAAAUGAGGAAAACAAUGAAACGAAGGAGACACCUAAGGUAACAAAGAUUAUGGAGUCCAUGCAUCGUAAGCUGAUGCUAAAAGAGAAAGCACAUAAAAAGAAUACACACAUGGACAUGGACGGUCACGACCAAUCCCAAAUGUCCGAACACUCGGUUAGAAAUGGUGGCCGUAGUGAUCGCAAGGACCAGCUCGAAGGCUCGGUUAGAAACAUGAAUCGUGAUGGCAUGGAUCAGCUUGAAGGCUCGGUUAGAAAUUACAGUCAUAUGGAUCAUCUUGAAGACUUGAUUAAGGGUCGUGAACGUACGGACCCUAUUGAAGGAUCCAUUAAAAACGGUGAUCGUGAUCGUGUAGACCAGCUCGAAGGAUCUAGCAAGAAGGGUCAGAAAUAUCAGCAUGAAGACAUUACUCCUAAAACAAGCGGUCAAGUAGAACAAUCAGAAAGGUCAACUAAGAAUCCUUGUGAUUUUGCAUCGAAGAAAGAUUAUCUUGAUUGGAUUGAAUACGUGGAAGGAUCUAGUCAUCAUUGUUUCGAUCGGUCUGAAAAUUCUGAAAAACCUUAUAGAAAGGACGAUAUCGAUCAUGAUCAGGUUAGUGUUGGGAUAUCGGAAGGAUCAAUAGAGGGGAGCAACGACGAGAUCUUGUUACUCAAGAGCUCUAAGUAUAGAAAAAAUGAGAAAUAUGAAGAUUCAAAAGGUUAUAAGAAAGGCAAAGGUGGCAAGGUCAAAGAUUCAUUGAAAAGUCAAAUGGUUGACUAA